UGCUAAGCAAUAGUCACAUGACCGGGGACGACUGCGGGCCGAUUGUUUCAGGAAACACCAACAGUCUUCAUAAAUCAUGCCUACCACACAGCAGUCUCCCCAGGAUGAACAGGAAAAGCUCUUGGAUGAGGCUGUGCAGGCUGUCAAGGUUCAGUCCUUUCAGAUGAAACGCUGCCUGGACAAGAGUAAGCUGAUGGAUGCACUAAAACAUGCCUCCAACAUGCUUGGUGAGCUGAGGACUUCCAUGCUCUCUCCAAAGAGUUACUAUGAACUCUACAUGGCCAUCUCCGAUGAGCUUCACUACCUAGAGGUCUACCUGACGGACGAGUUUGCCAAGGGCAGGAAGGUGGCAGAUCUUUAUGAGCUAGUUCAGUAUGCAGGGAACAUCAUCCCUAGACUCUACUUGCUGAUCACGGUUGGUGUGGUGUAUGUGAGGUCAUUUCCCCAAUCUAGGAAGGAUAUCCUGAAGGACUUAGUAGAGAUGUGCCGGGGGGUCCAGCAUCCCCUGCGAGGUCUCUUCCUGAGGAACUAUCUGCUGCAGUGCACUCGGAACAUCCUGCCUGAUGAUGGAGAGCAACCUGAAGAGGAGACAACAGGAGACAUAAAUGACUCCAUUGACUUUGUGCUGCUGAACUUUGCGGAGAUGAACAAGCUGUGGGUGCGGAUGCAGCACCAGGGCCACAGCCGGGACCGGGAGAAGAGGGAGAAGGAGAGGCAGGAGCUGCGCAUCCUGGUGGGGACCAACCUGGUGCGGCUCAGCCAGCUGGAGGGUGUCAACGUGGACAAGUACAAGCAGGUUGUGCUGCCUGGAGUCCUAGAACAGGUUGUGAACUGCCGAGAUUGCCUGGCACAAGAGUACCUCAUGGAAUGUAUUAUACAGGUGUUCCCUGAUGAAUUCCACCUCCAGACACUGAACCCGUUUUUGCGCUCCUGUGCUGAGCUGCACCAGCAUGUGAAUGUCAAAAAUAUAAUCAUUGCUCUCAUUGACAGAUUAGCUCUCUUUGCUCACAGAGAAGAUGGUCCUGGUAUUCCAGCAGACAUUAAAUUAUUUGACAUAUUCUCACAACAAGUAGCUACUGUUAUACAGUCUCGACAGGACAUGCCCUCUGAGGAUGUUGUCUCCUUGCAAGUAUCGCUCAUCAACUUGGCCAUGAAGUGUUACCCUGACCGGGUGGACUACGUGGACAAAGUCUUGGAGAGCACUGUGGAGAUUUUCAACAAGCUGAAUCUGGAACAUAUUGCAACUAGCAGUGCUGUGUCUAAAGAGCUAACAAGACUGCUGAAGAUCCCUGUGGAUACCUACAGUAACAUCCUGACAGUGCUGCAGCUGAAACAUUUCCAUCCACUGUUUGAGUACUUUGACUAUGAGUCCCGCAAAAGCAUGAGCUGCUAUGUGCUGAGCAACGCCCUGGACUACAACACAGAGAUCGUAGCACAAGAGCAGGUGGAUGACAUCCUGAAUCUGGUGUCCACACUGAUCCAGGAUCAGCCAGACCAGCCUGCUGAGGACCCAGACCCUGAGGACUUUGCAGAGGAGCAGAGUCUGGUGGGCCGGUUCAUUCAUCUGCUCCGUUCGGAGGACCCAGACCAGCAGUAUCUAAUUUUAAACACAGCCAGGAAACACUUUGGAGCAGGAGGGAAUCAGAGGAUUCGGUACACAUUGCCACCGCUGGUGUUUGCUGCAUAUCAGCUGGCUUUCCGGUACAAAGAGAACGCAAAAUUGGAUGACAAGUGGGAGAAGAAGUGCCAAAAGAUCUUCUCCUUUGCACACCAGACCAUCAGCGCUCUUAUCAAAGCUGAGCUAGCAGAGCUGCCGCUGCGGCUCUUCCUCCAAGGGGCUUUGGCAGCUGGUGAAAUUGGCUUUGAAAAUCACGAAACCGUGGCCUAUGAGUUCAUGUCUCAGGCAUUCUCUCUGUAUGAGGAUGAGAUCAGUGACUCCAAGGCCCAGCUGGCGGCCAUCACACUCAUCAUCGGCACGUUUGAGAGAACAAAGUGUUUCAGCGAGGAGAACCACGAGCCGCUCAGAACGCAGUGUGCGCUGGCUGCCUCCAAGCUGCUGAAGAAACCUGACCAGUGUCGUGCUGUCAGCAUCUGCGCCCACCUCUUCUGGUCUGGGCACAACACUGACAAAAAUGGGGAGGAGAUCCGUGAUGGAAAGAGGGUGAUGGAGUGCUUGAAGAAGGCACUGAAAAUUGCCAACCAGUGCAUGGACCCGUCUCUGCAGGUCCAGCUCUUCAUCGAGAUCCUCAACAGAUACAUCUAUUUCUAUGAAAAAGAAAAUGAAGCGGUGACAGUCCAGGUGCUAAACCAGCUAAUCCAGAAGAUCCAGGAAGAUUUACCUAACUUAGAGGCAAGCGAGGAGACUGAACAGAUCAACAAACACUUUCACAACACACUGGAACACUUGCGACUGCGAAAGGAGUCCACUGAGUCUGACCGUCCUGUCUACGAGGGGCUUGUUCUGUAGUGUGGUGCUGCAACCAGCAAUAAUUCCAUCCUGUGGUAAAUGCCACCUCUCACUUGCCCAACACUUACGUUUUCAUCUUCUGUAACAGUCUUGCCAUUCUAACCUUAAGCUCAUCAUCAUUUCCAAAAUGCAAUGCUUACACUACUGACUGCACAGCAUCUCUUGCACAACCAUUCCUCCAUCUCGAGUAAACAAUGAGACAGACACAAAGCUAUUGUAAACUAGUCCUCGCUAUGCUCUCUCCCCUUAUGCCACUCUUUCCCAGUGAGGCAGAAGCAUUCCCAGCUUGUAGUCUUCUUCCCUUUCAAUAUCCCUUCGUUCUACUAACCUUUUUUUGUGCUCUGUAUUUUUGCUUCUGUAUAUUAUACAUACUGCUGCAUUGAUGUCCAAGGUGAUCCUGACAGGAGCACAGCUGUGAUUUGCAACAGCGACUGCAGAAUACUAACUGUCUUACACUAGGGAUGGUACCAUUACUCAUCUCUGUGUCUGUUUGCUCAGGUUUGUUUUUGAGAUAAACCAGUUUUGAUGUCUAAUUUAGAAUGCACUCAUGCAUGUAUCUUUGUAGAUCUGCAAAUGCAUAAGUCCAUCUCAAACUAAAAGAGGAUAUUUAUUUAUUUUUUAUUUUAUUUUAUUUUAUUUUUUGGUUGGGGGGGUUAUGCAUAACCAAACUGUAAAUCAGUAGAAUUAAGUAAAAGAUCAUCAUUUGCACAAAUAAACAGUUGAUUGCAUGAA